AUGACGACGCAGAGCGGCAGAAGCAGCAAUGUGCGAAUGCAAAUGUAUAAAGCCCUUUCACCUGAACCAGAUAUUCUUGUAAGGUACCAACAUGUAGCUUUCAUCCCCUUUCACCGUCGCAGGGAGCAGCAGCUCAGCGAGUUUCAUCGGGAGCGAGUCCGGCAUGAGAUCCUGCAGGACGAGGCCUCACAGGACUCUCAGAUUCAGUCCAGACUCCAAGGAACCAGAAAGCCUCCGUCUCACAGUGGGACUCCCAGCCCUGAGUCUGUCUUCACCCUGAACCCUCCAGCCCCAGUCAAGCUGUCACACCCUGCCUUCACUCCCUCCUCUUCUUCUCCUCUAGCUUCUCUUUCUCCUCCCUCCUGGCCCCUACAGGCCCAUCUGGACUCCCAGCCAGCCUUCUCCCUCCAUGAGGGGCAGCAGGAGGCGCCGGGGGCCCUGGAUGUGGACCCCCAGCCUCUUCAGCUUUCUUCACCAGGAAACCUCCGCGACCUAGGACAACGACUGUACCACGAUGUAUCCACUCUGACAGACCUUUGUUCAGACCUGCCAGAGCUCGAGAUAGUGAGCCUCCUUUCAGAGGGACAACCCAACUACACUCUCCGAGCAGACAGUGUGUUUGGAUAUGACAAUGACGACUGGCUGCGCACCCCUCUGCUGCCACCAGAAGUCAUACUGGGACUCACACACGAGCAGAUUGAAGAGACGUUCAAGUACUUCUUGCUGUGCUCAGACAGAGUGGGCCAGGUCACCAAGACGUAUCAUGACAUUAAGGCAGUCACCCACCUGCUGGAGGAGAAAGAGCGGGAUCUAGAGUUAGCAGCACGGAUUGGUCAGUCCCUCCUGAAGCAAAACCAAGAACUAACAGCACGCAAUGAAAUGCUGGAUGAGCAGCUUGAAAUUGCGAAGGAAGAGAUUGCUCAACUUCGCCACGAGCUCUCGAUGCGUGACGACCUCCUUCAGUUCUAUGCAAGCACUGAGGAGAUCGAAAACGCUCAGUCACAAUCACCAAUAAAGAGGAAUGAAUCAUGCAGUUCUCUAACCAACUUCGUCCACUAUGACUUCCUGCAGCAGAAACUGAAGAGUUUAGAGGAUGAGAACCGCAAACUGAGAUUAGAGGCCAAUGAGCUCUCAACAGAGACGACAAACUACGAGGAGCAAGAACAGGAGCUGAUGAUGGUGUGUGUGGAAGAGCUCUCAUCUGUCAAUAAGCAGGUGGUCGAUCUGUCGGAGGAGCUGGCACGGAAAGUCGAGGAUUCUCUCCGACAGCAGGAGGAGAUCAGCUCACUGCUCGCUCAGAUUGUUGACCUGCAGGCUCGCUGUAAAGGACUGACCCAUGAGAACGAGGAGCUGAACCAACAGCUGAGUGUCUCCCGUGAGAGCCAGCUGAAGCUGAAAUCAGAGCUCAAGGACUUGCAGGACAAGUACUCAGAGUGUGAAGACAUGCUCCAGGAGGCCCGAGAGGACAUUAAAAAUCUGCGAAACAAGAGCCUCCCCAACAGCACAGUGCAGCGAUACACUUCACUGGCCUCCGUCCUUCCCAUGGACUCUCUGGCAGCAGAGAUAGAAGGCACCUUCCGCAAAGGCCUGGACACCCCAGCUCCCUCCGAGUACAAGAACCACCCGUGGCGAGUGUUUGAAACGGUGAAGGUGGCGAACAAGGCUGUGAGGUUGCGGUCAUGGUGCCACUCACCAGGGCUGCCAGGCUCUAGUCCGGUGUCUGCACGUUCCAGCUGUACCAGCACCCCCCGAACCAGCUACUAUGGCUCAGAUAAUGCCAGCCUUACCCUGGAGGACAAGCCCAGCUCCAAUAAUGCACAGAAAGAAGACAACAGUGUUAGUGGGCCGAAACGUCUUGGUCAGCCAGGCACACCGGGAGGCCAGGACCUCGAAGCUGCCUUGCGCAACCUCUCAGCUCGCCAGCAGAACCACUCAUCUGAGCGGCCUUUCUUUGACGUGGAGCGCGAACGUAAACUCCGUGCCUUGGCAGCAAACUGCGAGGAGGGUGAGGGCUCCAGUAGUGGUUUCCUGACACCGAACGACAGCCUGGUCUCCAGCCCAGCAGCAUCGACAGGCACCAACUACUCCAACGGUAGCUCACGCCACUCCUGUGGCUCCUCCAGUGGAUCCAGGUCCUACCUGCCCGACCGUCUGCAGAUUGUCAAACCUCUGGAAGGCUCGGUGACUCUGCACCAGUGGCAGCAGCUGGCCAAACCCAACCUUGGAGGCAUCCUGCACCCACGCCCGGGUGUCCUGACGAAAGACUUCAGGGAGCUUGAGGUCGACAUACAACACGUCUACAGCCUGAACGACCUGGAGGAGGACGAACCUGACCUGACACAGCUCACUGGAGCUCAUGGCAUGGUCUCUCCAUCGGGUCACAACCUCCCUCAGACCUCUCCCACACAUACCAUUACCACCUGCCAAGUCCUCCAACCCUCCCUCCUCAUACCCUCCUUCUCUACUAGCCUUCACUCUUUCGGCCUGCCAUCUUGUCGGAACUGUGAGCACGUGAGCACUCCUCCUUCCCACCAGCAGCACUUUGGCUGGGGAGGUUGGACCAACACCACCACCACCACCACCACAAACUUAACCACUUCAUCACUGGGACUCCUGCAGCUGCUGCAAGAACACGGCAUCUCAGCCUCUCCUCAUCCCCACCACAACCUGCACUACAGCCAUAGUGCAACACCUCCAUAUUCCACAGUAAAAGACAAAGGUGGAGCUUCGUCCUCGGACAAAGAGGGAAGAAGGAACGUUUUCAGUUUGAACUUGGUGGAGAAGCUUCAGAGUCUCGGGCUGCACAGAGUGGCUGCCUGGGGGAUGAUGGGCCGCGGUGGCAAAGAGAGGGACGCAAUCAAACAUCCUCCAAAAGUGUGAUGUGCUCACUGCUUCCUCCUCUUCCAUUCACCUUAGUGACUUUGCAUUAAGCCACGUGCAGUUCAGGGCCCACCAGCACCCGUGUCUUGAAAGCAAAAGCCACAGAAUGUGUUAGAGCCAUACUUUUGAGUUGUUGGUAGUGCACAGUACUAUCCUUUCUCUACGAACUCGUGCACGUAACUUGUUCUUUACGUGUGAGACAUCUUCAUCUCAGGACAGCCACGUGAUCACCAAUCUGUUUGACUCACACAUUGCUUGUUUUUACACAAAAAAAUAGAACAUCGUGAAGGAAAAAAAAAUCUUUUUAUACUUUUUAGUUUCCGAAGUGAAAUGUGUAAAUAGUAACAGUGUUGUUUAAAAUAAAAUAUAAAAAACAGUUUGUGCAGUAAGUAACUGUUAGUUAAAACCACAAAACCAAUUCUAUAACUGUGAGGAAUGUUCAAAAUGCACUAAAGUACACUCUUGGUCUUCCUGCUUAUACGCUGCUGCACUGAGAAAAGCAUGUUGUACAUAAGAUUGUCAAACAUACUGAUUACUGCAAAGAGAUCUUCUCCCAGCAGGGCAGGUGAUGCAGUGACUGAGCUGAAUAAUGGUAAUAAUAUUGACAUCCUUUAGCUGUCUGCCCUGCAGUUCAUCACACAGUGCUCGCAGUAUCACCUCUGUUCAAAGUUCUGAAUUUGUGAACUUUUCUCUGAGCCAAACCUUCACCGAAACCAAAUCAGGUUUGCUUUCGCUGCAUCGAAGGCAGUAAACGGGAUGUUUUUGAAGCAAUAUGUGUACUAACUGACUGACUGAAAAUCUCGCUUGGACAAAUCUGCUGUAUUUCAUGGCAUCAGGAAUUUUUAAAAACCUGCUGGGAUUUAAAUUUGAGCAAAAAUCAUGUUGGGCAUUCAGAGUGAUUGCUCGUAUUUAUUAAAUACAAGUAUAAGAAAUGUCAUAAUUAUUUAAGCAGCAUGUUUCUUUCUGAGCAAUCAAUUGUAGCAAAAUAAAAAAAAGGCAUAGGAUACUAUGGAUUUAAAAGGGAAGAAAUAAAUACAGGUUAUAAUGAUUUGUUUUCUGACUUAAAUCAACCAAACCACUGUUUCUCUGCACUGCUGUUUGCCGUAGUUUGUGUUAGCGUCACAGCUGUAUAUGCCAGUGUGUAUUAAUUGUACCAGCUGAUAAUAAAACCUUCCAUCCAG